AUGACGGUUCAGGGCAGGUUGCCUACAGAGGGUCAGGAGUUGAGAAGUUUAAAAAAGUGUCAUACGGCCAAAGGAUGCCUCUGGGGCCAGAAUCUGGCCUGUGGCCUGUGCCUCUGGCAUACCUGUUGUCGGUUCAUUUCCUCAUGCUUCCCUCUCUUUCCUACCCUCCCUGCCCCUCGGCGUGCUGCCAGGUAUGCCUCGGCCCUGCAGGACGCCGUGGACACCCACAGGCUGUUCAGGAGCCGCUCCCUUCGGGAGUUUGAGGAGACCCUGUUCUGCCACACCAAGAGUUUCCCCAUCAGCUGGGACACCUACUGGGACCACAACGAUCCCCUCCGGGAUGUGGACGAGGCCGCGGUGCCUGUGUUGUGUAUUUCCAGUGCCGACGACCCUGUGUGCGGGCCCCCGGACCACUUUCUGCCCGCGGAACUCUUUCACAGCAACCCCUACUUUUUCCUCCUGCUCAGUCACCAGGGAGGCCACUGCGGCUUCCUGCGCCAGGAGCCCUUGCCAGCCUGGAGCCACGAGGUCACCUUGGAGUACUUCCGGGCCUUGACUGAGUUCUUCAGAACGGAAGAGAGGAUGAAAGGGCUGAGCAGGCACCGGGCUUCGUUCCUGGGGGGCCGGCGUCGCUGGGGGACCCUGCAGAAGAGAGAGGCCUCUCCCUCUUCCAAUCUGGAGGAGAUCUUUAGCUGGAAGCGAUCAUACACGAGGUGAGGGCCUGCCUGAGAACAG